AUGCCCAUAACGUUCGGUUCAGUCGGGGACAUCAUCUCUGUCUCCCUGCUCGUGAAGGACGUCCUAGCCGCACUUGACGACAGCCGUGGCUCUUCCGCAGAGUACCAGGCUAUUAUCCGGGAGCUAUAUAUUCUCGACAGAGCUUUGCUCCAGAUCGCUCAACUAUUCAAGGAGCAUGAGGCCAGCGCGGAGCCGGAGCUGAUAGCCCUCGUUCAGACCGCCCAGCAAGCUGUCAUAGAGUGCCGCAAGUGCGUGGAAGACCUCCUCGAAAGAAUAGCGAAGUAUCGAUUGGCUUUGGGUCAGUCUCCGACGGCGAACCCGAUUAGUAGAUCUUCGAGAAAGGUGCAAUGGCGAUUAGUCGAGAAAGACGAGCUAUCAAAAUUUCGCGGGGAAAUCCUGGCCCAUAGCUCCUCCUUAAAUAUGCUUCUGACGAUCGCAAGUAUGAGAAUGGAAACGCUUAACGAGCGAAGGCUAGCAGUCACCAUGGCCGACAACAGCGGAACGGUGAUGCAGGCGCUCGCCGACCAGGACGCUACACUGACCCAGAUCCAGCAACGUCUGUCUGAGAACUCGGACGCACUUUCUUCUAUACAAAGAGCAACUAAUGGAGUUCUUGACGCCCUUCCGCUCCAAUGGCUCAGAGAUCUCGGGUCAGCGAUCAAGUCCUUGAUGCAAAGGAUCUUCUUCGUCAACGUUGCCACCUAUCAAACGGUACUCUCACUUCAAUCAAAGCUUCCGACACCCGCAGAACGGUCGACGGCGUACUUCCAGGAGCCGUUCAUCCUUGAAGACGCCCUCGGAAGGAUCGCGCCGGUCCACAUGCAGUUUAUCUCGACGUGGGCGAUGUUCGAUGCGGUGCUCCAGUUACGUUUCGAAGGCCUCCCAGGACUGGACAAGGUCAAACGGAGGCAGUUUGUACUCGAAGACCGAGCUACCCGAACUGAGAUCCACCGACACCGGCCGCUCGAUCUGACUUUCCUGCCAGGUCAACGAGUCGAUAUGAGUGUCGUAUUUAUAUCUACGGAAGAACGGGAUAUGUACGGGCCUUGGCACUCAUCAGUCACAUGUCCAAGAUGUCAAUGGCUCCCGGAAAAGUCGCAGAGUGAUUCAGAUGUUCAUUGGUAA